UGUGUUUUUGACAUCGGCUAAUGCAGUCGUGAACUUCGGAGCGGAUAAAUAUACUUUUAUUUAUAGUUUUUAAUCGAAUAAAGUCGUGUUACGUUUGUGAACGCGUGUGUUUAACCGGGAUACAAUAAAUAUGAGUAUUGCUGACCUGAUCCAAGCUGCUGAAUACAUCGAAAGGCGUGAUAGAGUUUUCUUUGUUGCAGAGUCGGAGCACGGGUACGCGUUAAAUUUGCCGGCGUGCGAAGAGUUACGUUCGGGAGGAAGGCGGCCGAAAACGAAGAAAUCGCAGGGCAGCAGGACGACUCAUAACGAGUUGGAAAAGAACAGGAGAGCACACCUCAGAAGCUGCUUGGAGAAACUCAAGGACAUGGUACCACUCGGCCCCGAAGCGUCGCGACACACAACAUUAGGAUUAUUAACAAAAGCGAAAAGAUUUAUAAAGAGUCUAGAAGAACGAGAAAAGAGGCAUUCAAGUCACAAGGAGCAGCUGGCGCGCGAGCAGCGGUACCUGCGCAGGCGGUUAGCGCAGUUGCGGGCGACGCGUGACGUCACGCGCUCGCUCUCUGAGAGCUCGAUGCACGCGCACGCGACGCGAGCGGACUCGCUGUCGUCCCUCGAGUCGUCAUCGGGCGUAUCCACGGCCGAGCGGUCGCCGUCAUCCGUCUCCGAAAGCGACGAGGUGGACGUGAUCGGCUACACUUCGAACCAGAGCGACAGCGAGUCGCUAGUGUCGGGGCACAGCGGCGACAGCGGCGUGGGCGUGGGCGCGGCGCGCGGGCGGCGGCCGCGGCGCUGCCCCAAGCCGGCCAAGCACCGCGCCACGCGCUACACGAGAGUCUAGGUGGUAUGUGGUGCGCGAGGCGGCGGCCCGGUGUCGCGCGCGUCUCCGCUACAACAAAACAAUCGUAGGACAUUUUGUUGAUUCAUGUACUGGGACGACUGUUGUUCGUGACUGAGUGGGGAUCCCGUCCCGUGACAGAGUGACUCGCCGGAGUGACAACCGCGCCGCGACACGCGACACGCGACACGCGGCACGCGACAACGCGCAACGACGCGCGCCGACACGCGCCAACACGCGACAUCGCGCGACACACAACACACGACACCGCUAACCAUUACCGAGUACAAAAUUGCCAAAAAGUUUUUUUUUUCGUUAUAUCUCUCUUGUACACGUUUGGAUUGAAUGUUUAUUUUUAUUCGUCAUCCGCUUACUUGUUCACGUUAUCAUCACAAGGUACCGUGGAAUCGCCCGUCACCACCGUAUCGCGGGUGUUGCUUUUUGUUAUACGCUUUUUCUCAUUUUAAAAGUCACUGUAAAAAAAGUAAAAUCUUUCGGUACUUAUUGUAACUGAUUUUACUAAAUAAAUAAGAGAUGUCGCUACUUAUCCUAGCAGCGAAUGUUGUAUAGAUAAAUAUCAAUAUUAUAUUUUUUGUAUAUAAUUAUUUUUCUUGUAUAAAUUAAUCAAAUAGAAUUAGAUCUGUAAAAGUGCGGCAGUGGAGCUGCCACAAAAUUAUAACGUAUGGGGAUCACACUGAUGACGACCCACCAAAAAAAGUUUAAUUAAGGUGUAACAAUCUUUUUUUUUAUAAUUACACAGAACGGUUAUAAAGCAUCACGACUUGCGAUUGCAAUAACAAACAAGUCGCAACAUUGAUUGUGUCGGAAGUUUUUUAUCUGUGCUAAUGUCAAAUGUCUGUAAAGUAUACCUUGCACACAUGUUACAGCACAAACGAUAAAUGGACACGAUUCAAAGCAAAAACGAACUAACAUCCUAUUUUUAAGUAUUAAUAUUGAUUUAUUAAUGAUCUCACUGCAUUGUCACGAAACUGUUCUGGUAAUGUGUCAUUGUUAUUGUGAAACGUAACGUGGAAAUAUAAGCUCUAAGUAUUUAUUUAAUCUAAAUUUAUAUUUACAAAAUUCAGACUUACUAAAUUAUUAUUUAUAUAGCAUGUGUAUAGAAGAAAUGACAUUAUUACUAGCACGGAUUUCGAUUUAUAUCGACACUUGUACCAAAAAAGGAAAUAUUUUAUGAAAGCUCGACAAUACAUCUUGUUGAUACAAUCAAAUACUAGCUGAAAUUUAGAGUACACAAUAUAUUUUUGUUAUUACUAUUAUAUCUUAUAAUUAAUAAAUUGUUAAUUCUUUUUACUAUGUACGAAUGGUUUCAUUGUAUAUAAUUUUUCGUCAUGGUAACACAGCCCAAAUUAAUCUCAUCUUCACCUAUCCAAAUAUCGGAUCAUUCAUAUUGUAAAUUGUUUUAGGUAUGGAUGUUAUGAUAAGUAUAGUUGUAAUCAUUUGUAAUUAUAUUUGUUUUAGAAAUGACAGCCUGAUCUCUUAAGGUUAUAUCAGUAGCGGCCGAGCCGCCUUAUCCGUCGGGCGCCAUUGCAGUUUGCACAACUCACGCACUGGCCACUGACGCGCUACGUUCCCGCCAAAAUUGACAUUGACGUUUUGUUUCACAGUGUUGUCUUUAAUAAAAACAUCCCUAAAUGCAAAUAUUUCUUUCACAACAAAUAAAAUCUUUCCGUUUCAUGUAUCCAUAUUUUUAUUUUAACACUUAAGAUCUAGUCUUUAGCAGAAACUGUGUCAAUUUUGGCGAUGUUACCGUGUAGCGCGGUCCAGCCCGAUGUCGUGUCAGCUUUCACAUGUUAUGAUCAUGCGAGCGUCAACUCUUGUGUUGAAACGCAAUGAAUACGAGGCCAGUAUCGGAAUUGUACCGGUGUGUCAACGCCAGGAGUUGCGCGACACUGUGUCUGUUGAAUCCUGUCUCAAUUGUAAAAAUAUAUAUUAUAUAAUAUUCGUAAAUUAAUUUAAUAUAUCACAAAAUUAUUUAUUUUACGUUAUCAUUUUUCGAUAAUUUAUCCGGUACCAGUGUUUUGCUUCACGCCCCAUCGAUCGGUCGCCACAGUCCGCAUUCAUCGCUCAAGGUUAUUUGCAAUCGAGUGUAUCGGGUUUACGGCGACGGGACGCUAUAAGAGUACAAAUUCUGUAUAAGCCCCUACUUGAGUGUUAAUUGUAAAUGUUAAUUGUAAACACGAAACAGGGAGAAGUAUCGCAUCACGCGGCGCGUGUGCGCGGGCGACAGUUGUAGCCUACGUCCAGUCAGAUCUGCCUUCGGUGUUGUCUCUUCCUUAACUAAAUUUUGUCUGUAUCCUAUUGCUACAGUGAAUUUGUUUUGCGAUAUCUUCCAACUGUCCCCUCUUCUAGUAGUGCGAGCGCGUAGGGCGCCCUACGUACACAGGUGUAUCACUGUAACGAUAGGGUAUUAGCAAUGGCGCGACGCACUGUAAGCGCGCGCCGCUCGUUAGAUAAGAAAUGUGUUAUUAGAAAAAAAUUGCAAUAAAUUCUCGUCCGACGUCUCUCGCCGCUCCUCGACUGUAUACCCAACUUAGUCGCUGUAAAUUGUAAAAUUUAGUCCGGCGUGUAAAAAUAUCAGUGUGUAAAUAUUUGGAGCCAAAAUUUUUAUACAAAUUAUUUCAUAAAUAUAUUCUUGGACCAAGUUGAUGGUGGAGCGGCGAGGCACGCGACGGCGCGGCGCCGCCCGCUCGCCGCACUCGCCCGCCUUGUUCCACGGGGAUUGUUUUGUAUCCGGCAUAUAGCAACACCGAGAUGACGUUCCAAAGCCGAAAUCUUAGCGAGCGCGUUAAUUGUCGCUAGCGCUUCGGUAUUAGAGAUAUUUAUUGAUGGCGACCUCGUUCUGUGUUGCUUUAUGGUCAAAUGAAUAGAGGCGGCGGAGUCGGGCCGAGUGUUGCGAGAUGCAAUGCUGUAUUCAUUUUGAGCAGUCUCGGCGCUCGCAGCCAAUCGUUGUCUGAUCGUAGAGGCAAACAUUAGGUACUAUUGUGACUACUGCUAACGGACUUGGCAGCAUUAUUCAAUGUAAUUGACGAAAAGUGGCACACAAUUUUACAAUAUGUAAAAAAGUUAUAGAAUUAAUUUAAUAAAAUUAUAAUUAAAA